GAUCAAUAGCUUGAAUCUGCAACGAGUGUCAGUCGCAGCCUCACAUGUGGGAGAAUGCAGACAGGAGGGGUGGAGUUCACAGCUUUGACUUUUCAAACGCAGCUCUGGCAGAAGAGCUCAUUCUUUGCAGGGAAACAGCGGAGUUGGCGCUGAUGCGUCCUGGCAUGUGAUUCCCACUUUGGUCAAAUCAAUCUCCCCCGCUGUUGCAGCCUCCCAUUAAACUUUCCAUGCUGUUGCCCGUCCAAUGGACAGCACUUAGGAGGUUUGUGUGGACCGUAUCAGCUCCUGCUUGCACGCCCGCUGCGCUCCAGCUCUCCUCCAUCGUCGGCUCUCCAGGUUCAGAGGGACUCGCGCGGCCCGGGGAGCUGGCUCGGGUCUCCUUCACACAUGGAGGGAGACGUUAUGGACAAAGUUGAGGCCACGGCACCGGUCUGUGACUUCGACCCUAUCAGUGGUAGUAUCCCCGCGACCAAAGUGGAGAUCACCGUGUCUUGCAGGAACCUCUUGGACCGAGACACUUUCUCCAAAUCUGAUCCAUUGGUGGUGUUGUACACGCAGGGUGUGGAGUGUAAACAAUGGAGAGAGUUUGGGAGAACAGAAGUGAUAGACAACACGCUAAACCCAGACUUUGUCAGGAAGUACAUCCUGGACUACUUCUUUGAGGAGAAGCAGAACCUGCGCUUUGACGUAUAUGACAUUGACUCGAAAAGUCCAGAUCUUGCAAAGCAUCCAACCGACUUUAACGACUUCCUGGGACAGGUCUACUGCACUCUGGGCGAGAUUGUAGGCUCACCUGCUAGUCGCCUGGAGAAACCUCUAGGUGGCAUACCUGGGAAGAAAUGUGGGACCAUUAUCCUGUCAGCCGAGGAGCUAGGGAACUGCAGAGAUUAUGCCACCAUGCAAUUCUGUGCCAACAAACUGGAUAAAAAGGACUUUUUUGGAAAGUCAGACCCCUUCAUGGUCUUCUACAGAAGCAAUGAGGAUGGCACGUUCACCAUCUGCCACAAGACUGAAGUGGUGAAGAACACGCUGAACCCUGUGUGGCAGCCCUUCUCCAUCCCUGUCAGAGCGCUCUGCAAUGGCGACUAUGACAGGACAAUCAAGGUGGAGGUCUAUGACUGGGACAGAGAUGGAAGCCACGAUUUCAUUGGAGAAUUCACAACCAGCUACAAAGAGCUGUGUCGAGGUCAGAGCCAGCUGAACGUCUAUGAGGUGCUGAACGCCAAGAAGAAAAUAAAGAAGAAGAGAUACAUCAACUCUGGGACGGUGUCCUUGUUGUCAUUCAAUGUGGAGUCAGAGCACACCUUCCUGGAUUACAUUAAAGGAGGGACUCAGAUUCACUUCACAGUGGCCAUUGAUUUCACGGCAUCAAAUGGAAAUCCAUCCCAGUCCACUUCACUGCACUACAUGAACCCGUACCAGAUGAAUGCCUAUGCCAUGGCCCUGAAGGCUGUGGGAGAGAUCAUCCAGGACUACGACAGUGAUAAGAUGUUCCCUGCCCUGGGAUUUGGUGCUAAGCUACCCCCUGAUGGGAGGGUCUCUCAUGAGUUCCCUCUGAAUGGGAACAUCGAGAACCCCUACUGUAACGGCAUGGAGGGGAUCCUUGAAGCUUACCAUCAAAGCCUUAAGACAGUUCAGCUCUAUGGACCCACCAACUUUGCUCCCGUUGUUAAUCACGUGGCGAGGUAUGCAGCAGCAGUGCAGGAUGGAUCUCAAUACUUUGUCCUUCUUAUCAUCACUGAUGGCGUCAUAUCAGACAUGGCUCAGACCAAGGAAGCCAUAGUGAACGCUGCUAAACUCCCCAUGUCUAUCAUCAUCGUUGGAGUUGGCCAAGCUGAGUUUGAUGCCAUGGUUGAGCUUGAUGGUGAUGACAUCAGGAUUUCCUCACGGGGGAAGUUGGCAGAGAGAGACAUUGUACAGUUUGUCCCAUUCAGAGACUACAUGGACCGCACAGGCAACCAUGUGCUUAGCAUGGCGCGCCUGGCUAAAGAUGUUCUGGCUGAGAUCCCUGACCAGCUGAUCUUGUACAUGAAGAGCAGAGCGAUUAAACCCAACACUGUCCCACCAGCCUACUCAGUCGACAACCUUCCCCAGACCAACCCCGUCUGAGCCCCAAACACAGCCCUACGCCGAGGCGGGGCAGGACUGGUGUGAACAACCACAUCUUUUGGGAAAAUGGAAAUAGCUUUGAGGUCCUUGGAUGAUAAUUCAGCUAAAUAAAAAGAUGAUGAGACUGCAUUUGUUUUGGCGCAAUGGGACUAUUUUUGGGCAAACCUGCGGGAUGAUCAGGAAGUUUUAUUUUCUCUCUGAGUGCUGGAUAAUAAAAGCGAGCCUGGUGUAAGAGGAGGUUUUAGUUGUUUGCUGUCAAACCUGUCGAAAUGGUGAUGUAAUGGAUAGCAAGUGAACCCGUAGAGAGAGCCUGAUUGGAGGCAUACAUAUAUUAGAAUGUGCCAGUGUGUAUCAUGUUUGUGAUACCUUUUGGAAUCGGUAUGUGUUAAACUAGGGCAUCGUGAGUAUACAGAUUUAUUUAUUUAUGUUUUUAUUUAUUUAUUGCAAAAAUAAUUCAUUUCUUCAAGGGGGGCUAUGAGGGUUGGAUUAAAGUCAUAUUUCCCCUGUAGUUUUCCUUGCUAUUUUGUGACAGGUGUAAUAAAAAAAUCCCAUUUCUACUUUGAUAAGGACUGUAAUAUAAAAGCAUGUAAUAAAACCUAAUAAGCAGUUCAAAAGUCAUUUCCAGUGAUAGAUAAUUUUUUGAUUGCAAGCUGUUACAUAAAGGACCUGCUGUGCGCUGGUGCCGUACUAAUUUUCCAGCAUCAGGUCUAAUAUAUGUUUCUCGUAUUUAUAUUUACAGAAUGCACUAAUUACUUUCCAAAUGAAAGCACAAAGGUUGUUACUUUAUUAAGUUGGAAACCAUUAUUCUGAGAGAAUCAACCACAAUGAAGAUAAUGGAAAAGACCGCACAUUAUGUUCUCUGCUUGGUUCUAACAUUGUCUUCCACCUUCAUUUAAAUACAAGAUUAUAACAGGAAGAAUGUUUGAAAGAAAAUUAUUAUACUAAUAGAAUUAAUUUGAAUAAUAUAUAUACAACAAUUUGUGUGUUUACAGAAAAUAGAUUAAUAAUUCAAAGCACAUGCUUGUUUUUCCUUUUAGUGCAGAGAGGUAGAUAAUACUGCAUAAGCCUUGCCGCUGUAUCUCAUUAGUCAUAUUGCGGUUCAUGUUUCUUUCCAUUAUAGUUGUUGUGGUAGCGGUUCAUUGUGUGGGAUUUUUCUCUUAACCUUUAGAGGACCCUACAAAUAAACUUUGGAAAGACUGAUGUCAGUUACCACCCUCCUCUUUUUCCUCUUGAACAUGUGUUCUCCCAAAAUGAAAACAGAGCAAUCACAAAUCUUUUAACUGACGUACAUUGAAAGCAAACUCUGAUUGCACAAAACUGAAGCAGUUGCGGCUACCUUUUUUAGCGUAUGUAGUUUCUGUUUGUUUGUUAUCUGUGUUUUAUUUUUUCAAAUUAUGUGAGUGCUCCCGGGAAAAAGGAUGUUUCACAUUAUGCACAGCUGUCCAUUUUUUACUUUGUUUACAAAACGUUGGGAUACCAUUUAAUACUGAAGGUACAGUUUUAAUUUUUUGUUUUAAUUAAGCCAACUGUUGGUAUCCAGAUAAGUUCUUAGUGUUUUUUUAAUUUUUAUUAUUACUUUGUACACUUUUUUUAAAGGCAGUUACAGCCAUUUUGACCCAGGUGUGUACAUCUGUAUUUAACUCUUUAUAAAGGCCAUCAUUUUCAUUUGAAACUACUCAGUCACUCACUAACUCGAUCCAAAUGUGCCUAGUAUAUGGAAACAUAUCCAAAUUCAGUUACCCAGGUGUUAUUCUGCCAGCAGCAGCAGGUCAUAUUAAAGAUGUACACACAGAAACGUAAAGUGUCACAAGAUUUGGACUCUAACAGCUGCAGUGGUUGAUCGCUGUCUCUACCAGUGUCUGUACUUUUUAUACGUCAUUAAUCUUUGAAAUAAUGAAAGUGAACAGUGUUGCUAAGCCUUGUUGUACAAUAUUCAAAGUCAAGACUUGUUUACAACUCAACUGCGGCUAUUUAUAUUGCCUCAAGGAAAAAGUAAACAUUCAUGGAUUUCAUUAAGAAGUGGUUUUCUCUCUGA